AACGUUCCCCCUGUCAUUUUAAAGAUGGUGGAAGGUAGUUAUACAGCUGUCAUGUCGGGCGGUAGAAAGCCCCGUUCUGUGGCAAACCCUCUGGAAUCCGCGAUCACCACACCUAGUGAACGAAUCUUGAGAGAAUGCCACAAUUUAUAUAUCGACAGCGAAAACGGGCUGGUGAAGAUAGCAAGCCGACUGGGUCUCCGGCUCCUUCCUCCACGGAAGAAGAUCAUUGUGAUGAUAAUGGGGAACCACUCUGCUGGAAAAAGCUCAUUUAUUAAUUGGUAUGUGGAAGAACAUAUACAGAAAACAGGCGUUGCCAUAGAAACGCAGGGAUUUACAUUCAUAACAAGUGGUCGGAAAAGAGAAUCACUGACGGGAAAUGCCACGCUCCAUCUCUACCCUCAUUUCCGACCACUCCUGGAGUUCAAAGGUGUUACGGACUAUCUGUCGGCUGAGAUCUCCACCUCCAAGCAGAAGAAGUUUAGUCUGGUGACGUUCGUGGACACACCGGGCCUGGUGGAUGGGGACAUGGUCUAUCCCUUUGAUGUCAACCGCGCGAUCACCUCGUUUGGGGAGCAGGCGGACCUGAUCUUUGUGUUCUUCGACCCCAUGGGCCAGGCGCUGUGCAAGCGCACACUCAACAUUGUGGAGAAGCUGAGCGAUAAGGUUGCGGACAAGCUGCGCUUCUACCUCAGCAAGGCAGAUGAAGCCGGGAGGGAGACGGACAGACAGCGUGUCAUGAUGCAGAUAGUUCAGGAACUGUGUCGCCGACCGGGGCUGAACAAGUGUGGCUUUGAGAUGCCCACCAUAUACAUCCCUAACCCCCAGAAGCCGAGCCGGUGUGUGAACCAGAUCGACGGAGUGUGUCAGACGAUAGAGAAGACCAUCAACCAGGCCGUCCAGAAGACUCUGGACCAGCUGGAGAAGGACUGUGACCUCAUCUCCUCCACAAUCGACAGCAAAUUGUCCCAGGACAGGGCGGACGUGAGUUUCAACAGCAGUGUCCGUCUGCACUCCUUCCUGUGUGGGGCACUGGGCAUCCUACUGCCGUGCCUUUUCAUCCUCAGCUUCAUCGUUAACACCCUCACCCCAGAGGAGCUGCAGGAGCUACUGGGAGAUGGGCUGGCCAAAGCCCUUGGGCUCUCCAUGGGUGUAGUUGUCUUUCUGUGGACCUGGAUACCAGAGGAUUUCCAGAUAUUGUUUAUGAUCAUAUUUGGUGUACUCUGCUACUUUUUCUUUUGUCUUGCCAAGUAUUUUGCCCGCCAAGGGAAUAGGACUCUGACGAAGAAGGAGAAGAGAAGCCUCACAGAGUACAGCGAUUACGUCCAGGAUGUCGUCAAAGCCAAGAAGGGAAAGCUAUACGAGGAGUAUCUCGCGCAGUGUGCUGCUGAAUAUGACUUCUGAUAAGGGGCGGAUCCAUCUGAAAUCUACAUGCCGGACUUUCUCGUGGAUUAAUUGUUUUGUAGGACGUCUUCGUGUUUUCAUAAUCACACUGGUCAAGGGCUCACAUGCCUAGGAUUGCACCAUUUGGGAAGCUUGCUGGUACAUUUAUAAACAUUUACAUGCCACUGCGGGGGGAGUAGUUAUUUCUGUAAAAAAACUCAUUCUGAUUGGCUGGGCCUGGUUCCCAAGUGUGUGGGCCUAUGUAGAUUAGGGCCUAAUUUAUAAAUUUAUAUUGACCGAUUUCCUUAUACAAACUAUAACUGAGUACAAUUUUUGAAAUUGUUGCAUUUUGCAUUCAUAUUUUUGUUCAGUGUAUAACUCAAUUUGUGAGAUACAGUAUAUACUGUGAGAGAAAUAUAAAGUGCCUUUUUAGUUGGAAAACUGUGAUUUUAAGAAGUAUCUCAAUCUGAAAUUUCUCGUGACUUUUUCAGGACGUGUAUGUAUUUACAUCUGAAAGCAUGUAUGGGACUGUUUACUUGUUUAUAGGCUACCUUUCUUAAAUGACUCUCUAAGCUAAAAAAACAAACUAUUAGCUAGCAAGGUGUUUCUUGAUGUCUUUUUGAAACAUCUUAGAUUAUAAUGUUGGAACGUGCUUGGGGGAUCCUUUGACAUUUUGUAAUGAAUAUGUUGUAUUACAAACUACAGUAUCAGUAGAAGUGUCUAUUCUGGACAAGAAAUCAAAAAUCUCCAUAAUGCUGAUUAACACGAACAAGUGUGUCGACAGUGAUUUUUGUUUUCUUCUAUGGGAAUGCAAAGGUAGAGAUGAUGAUGACGUGUCAACACUGUGUGGCAGGGAAUGCUAUUUUAUAGCAAUAUAUGGAGACACAUCAACUAUUUUAAAAGGCCUGACUUUUGUACCAGACUGCUUCCACAUGGUUAGCAAAUUAAAUACAACGGUCAGUUCGGUCAGGGCUUUCUCCUGCCUCCUAUUUCCGUUCAUGAAUAAGAUUCCCAAAACAGAAUGUAGAAUGGUUCGCACAGCACAGUAUAGUAGUGAAAGGUGUGAGAAGUAUUUUUAAGCAAUAACGGCCAGAGGUGUGGUAUAUCGGCAAUAUACCACGGCUAAGGGCUCUUCUUAAGCACGACGCAACGCGGAGUGCCUGGACACAGCCCUUAGCCGUGGUAUAUUGGCCAUAUAUCACAACCCCCCCCCCCCCAGGUGCCUUAUUGCUACUAUAAACUGGUUACGAAUGUAAUUAGAGCAGCACAAAUAAAUGUUUUGUCAUACCCGUGGUAUACGGACUGAUAUACCACGGCUGUCAGCCAAUCAGCAUUCAGGGCUCGACCCACCCAGUUUAUAAUCCUGCUUGUGAAGUGAAGCCCUGACUAAGCACUGAUGUGUAUUUCACCUCCUGAAUGUCUCAUGUUGUUUGGUAGUACAUGGUUAUAAUACUUAAUUAUAUGGAUUAGUAUACCGUUUGUCUUACUGCUAGUCGUUGGACCAGUGAAACGUAAAAUAACUUACCCGACAAUGCCUUCAAUGAAUACAGUAUAUAUUUAUUGGCCUCAUAAGGUGCCCUGUUUGAGGUCAUUUAUACUUGUACAAUGCAGAAUACCUCCACUGUGUGCUGUUUGCAAUAAUGUUUCAAACUGUAAACACAACGUUUGGAUCUGUCUUCGAUGUAGCUUUAGGGAAUAAUCACAACUGAAGUUCUUGUGAAAUGGUGCUGUUCUUACAUGUAUUAGGAUUCUUGUGUACUGGUGUUUUCAGAUGUUAUUUAUUUUUCAAUAUAAUAUACUUGUUAAAUUAUGUAAAUGUAUCCUGUUUUUUGCAUUUUCCUUAAAGCAUAUACUUUUUGCUUGUAUAACUUCUAGAAUGUCUUUCUUCAACUGUCUGAUAAGCUGAAGCCUAGUUUACAUGUUGCAGUGCCUCAAAGUAGGAGGCCUCAUACAUUUUUAAGAUAUACUCUGUAACAACAAUGUAAUAUAAGUUAAUUAAAUGUUUUCUGAUUAA